CCCCUGUGUCUCUCUCAGCACACUCAACUGGUCCUGAACUCAGCCCGGGAAAAGAGAGACAUGGAGCAGCGUCACACCACCAUCAAGAACAAGGACAUCUCGUACGACGACUCCAUGAUGGAGUUCACGGGCGACAGCCUCAACGGCAUCGCGAUGGAGGGCUACCUGUACAAGAGAGCCAGCAACGCCUUCAAGACCUGGAGUCGACGUUGGUUUUCCAUCCAGAACAAUCAGCUGGUUUACCAGAAGAAGCUGAAGGAUCCCGUGACAGUGGUGGUGGAGGACCUGCGGCUGUGCACAGUCAAGCCCUGCCCUGACAAUGAGAGGCGCUUCUGCUUCGAGGUGGUGUCGCCUUCCAAGAACUGCCUGCUGCAGGCAGACUCGGACCGGCAGCAGCAGGCCUGGAUCCUGGCUGUGCAGAGCAGCAUUGCCUCGGCCUUCCAGGAGCGGCGAGAGGAACCACAGGGCCCGAGGGGCCCGGUCCGCACCUUAUCGACGAGCAACAUGCUGGAUCCGCCCAGACCAAGCGUGGACCAGGCCGCCCUGGAGCAGGUGCAGAAGAUCCCUGGGAACGGGCAGUGCUGCGACUGCGGGGAGCCCAAUCCCGACUGGGCCAGCAUCAACCUGGGCAUCACCCUGUGCAUCACCUGCUCUGGCAUCCACAGGAGUUUAGGGGUCCACUUCUCCAAAGUACGUUCUCUGACUUUGGACUCUUGGGAACCAGAGCUGAUGAAGCUAAUGUGCGAGCUGGGGAACACUGCCAUCAACAGGAUCUACGAGGCACGCAUCGACGAGAUCACCCUCAAGAAACCACAUCCCAGCAGUCCCAGGCAAGAGAAGGAGUCGUGGAUUCGCUCCAAGUACGUGGAGAAGAAGUUCAUCCAGAAGCUCCCGGAAACGGGGCGCCCCCUGCGCCGCUCCAGUGCCCGGAGGAACCGGGGCAACACCCUGGAGAGGACCACCGCCCGGCCCCCUCUCAAACCCAAGCCCAACCGUGCCACCCUGCCCCGGCUCACAGGUCUCACCCUGAGUGAUGUGAGCAAUGCGACCUUCGGCAAGGACUCCGGCACCCUGGCAAGCUCCCAGAAAGACGAAGAUGAGGAAGAUGACCUCAGUGGGCUUCACCCUGGGGCUCUGCUGUACCGGGCUGCCGUGAUGCAGAACUUUCCCGUGAUGGCCGACGCUCUGGCUCAUGGCGCUGAUGUCAACUGGGUGAACACGAGCGAGGAGAGCCGUACCCCCCUGAUCCAGGCUGUGUCCUCUGAUUCCCUUGUUGCCUGUGAGUUCCUGCUUCAGAACGGGGCGAAUGUCAACCAAACCGACGCCAAGGGAAGAGGCCCCCUCCACCAUGCCACCAUCCUGGGACACACAGGGCUGGUGUGUUUGUUCUUGAAGAGGGGGGCGGACCAGAACGCCCGCGAUCGGGAUGACAAGGACCCCCUCACCAUCGCGAUCGACAAUGCCAACGCCGACAUCGUCACGCUGCUCCGCCUUGCCAAGAUGAAGGAGGAAAUGAUGCGGGAAAUGGAAGGCGCCUACGGCCAAUCAGCGCCGUUCGGAAGAAUGAGGAGCCUGCUGCUUGCCCAGCCGUGUCUGCUGCCUGCCAGCCUUCGCUCACUGAUAAAAAGUGCGUUCUGCGCCUGUAACGGAUUUUCCGUACGUGCAUCCACAGCGCGCCGUGUGCAAACAGCGGCCUCGAUCUCGCGGUGCUACGUGACGCUGUGGCGCUCAUUAUUGCUGUCUGUGUGUCUUGUCCGUCUGUCCUUGUGCGUCCGCCACUGCUGUCCUGCGAGAUGUCUGCCGGCCGCAGCACUCGUGAGCUUCGCCAUCGCCGCCCUGUGUCCUGCGUCCCGAACAGGGGACGAGACGUACCACGACAUCUUCCGCGACUUCUCCCAGAUGGCCUCCAACAACCCGGAGAAACUGAACCGCCGCAGCACCGACCUCAAGACGCCCUAGCCCGGUUACGUGUGUGUGGGGGGGUGUGUGUGUGUGUGUGUGUUGAAGGUGGGUGGGGGUAGAGGCGGGGUAGAGGUCGUUCUGAUUGGACGGCUGUCAGAGGUCUCCUGCUGAUCAAACACCCCUACCCCUCCCGCCCUGCCUCCGUGGCAGGUGGUUCAGAUUGCUGGGUUUUUGGUUCAGAUUCGGAUGUAUGGCGCCGUGCGGUGCAGGCGGUGGCUGAUCUGGGCUCUUCCUCUUCACUACAUUGAGAAUUUGUCCCAGCUCCUCCCCUGGAGACUUUGGGGAUCUCCGAUGCCCAGAACUGUGAACCAGAGGAGCCCCUGUGGCCCCCACUGUCAAAAUAAACGCUUCAUUAUCAGAACCUC